AUGGAAAAUUACGGCAGGAACCGAGGGCUGUGUAAAAGUAUUGCGAGAAUUAAGGAAUUAGAGCAACAAUUCAGUUAUUUAAAAAAAAAAGUUACAAGGCAAGAAGAAACCAAAGUCAAUAUUAAUAACUUGGAAGAGAAUUUUAGAGGGCGAGAAGAAGAUACUAAAGCCAAUAUUCAUAAACUAGAAGAAAAGGUUAGGGAACGAGAAGAAGAAACUAAAACUAAGCAAAAAAUUAUUAAAAAUUUAGAAGAAAAGCUUCAACUACCUCUUGAUAGGAUCGAUAAAAACGGAUUGAUUUUUGCAAGAAUUAUUGCACUUGCAACGGAAUCGAUAGACUUCUUCCAAGGAUCACGACCUUAUGCAAUGGGAUCGAACUUAAUGGUGGUUUCUUCCAAGAUUCAAGACUUUCUCAAAGUACGAAUUAUAUCUGAAAAUUUAGAUCUAUAG